CCUUCAAAUCCAAACGCACAUGUCGACGGAGCUCACCCCUGCAGCUGCGACACUCCGCGCUUUGACCUCUACAGCCCUGCUUCUCUUGCGAAGGGCAUCUCUGAGGAAUAGCUGCUGUGAAUUUUUGUUUCAAAGCCGGCUGUCCUUGCAGUUUAUAUCAGAUGAAGUGAUCAGUUCCUUAUUUUGAGGAUGUUUCGCGUGGGAGAGGAGUUGGCUUUACCCGUCCUCAGCAAUGGUAUUUGUAACGAUUUGUUUUCGGGUUUGUUCGCGCCAUGGGAUUGUGUCUGGAAGUAUUCCUUCGGACCAACAGGACGGAUCGAUCAGCCGAAAUGACAGGGCGGACGUUGAAAGGAAACCUGGCAUUCCUGUCAGCAGGAAUCCUCUCCAUUCUGAGCCUCGUGGCUGCUGUAGGAGGGGUUUCCAUGAUCGUCAUUGUGUUUGUGAUGGACCAUUCGCCCAGUAGAGUUGGAUGGCUUUUCAUCAUUGUGGGAGGCUUCACAGUUGCCUCUGGAUUGCUCGGAGUAUUCUCUAGCGACCGCCGAGAUUGUUUCACCUGGCAAAUGGUCUUCUUGUUAUUUUCUACCCUUGGUCUUCUCGCAGCCGCGCUAACGAUUUUCUUCAAACCGAACGAAGUGUUGGGCUUAUUGCACUACAAGAACGUAAGUGAAGACAGAGCUCGAUGGAUUUUGAGACUGGAGGCUGCAUUCUUCGCUAUUACCUUUUGCAUUAACACUGUUAUUGCCAUCCUUGGAAUAUGCGUCAACUGCUGCGAUGUUGUGGAUCACUAUGAAGAUCUCGAGAAAACCAACCGAAGUAAGUCUGCUCUUGGGCGAACUCAAACCGAGGCUAUUAAGCGAGCAGCCAAGAAUGAGGAGACAAAAGCAUCCAAAUUGGCCCAGAAGAUGAAGGAUAAAUACGGCAAAUGGACCCAAGAGUAUGGCACACCCGCUAAGGUUUAAAGUAUCCCGGGGAGGUACAAUCUAUGGUGGCAAAUUUGCUUUGAUACUCAUCAAGUGAUUUCAAUGUUCGGCCCUUCAAAUUUCCGACACAUUCUAGUAGCUUCUUGUUCAUCCAGUCUCAGCUGGCCAAAUAGCCGUUGCAGGAUUUGUGAGUUUAAGUAUCUUGCUUAAACUAUUGCCCCUGUUGAUGGAGACUGUAUGAUAGUGAGGCCUUCUCACAGUCUGCCAGGACUGGAAUAUCCAUUCUACACUAUAGAGUAAGAUUCUGCUAGCUUUCUACUGUUCACAUGAGAUCACUUCUGUAACCACCAUCUAGUAUAAAUAAACAAUUCGCUGGUUGUGAGAAACCUUGGCUCUUACUUAAAA